ACAAAUCAAUACAUGAGGGGUUGAAAAUAAACAUGGCUGACAGUGAGUUUGAAGAAUUUAGACACAGUUUUGAAAAACUGCCUUCACACACAAAAAAUUCUGCGCAAUUUUAUUCAAUAGUUCAUGAUGUUGUCGUGGAUGAAGAAUCGCCCACGUCUUCCAAAAGCGACCCCGAAACUGACUGUGAUAUUGUUCGAGAGGAAAGGCUUUCCGUUUCCUCUGCAACUGAAAAAAAGGAGUCUUCACUGGGAACUCCUAUCCCGCCUUGGACGGGUGAGCGCCGAAGGCGAAAACUACCGGAAAUACCAAAAAAUAAAAAAUCUUCUCUGGUCACCAUGUAUAAUGCACAAUACCAACUCUCAAGGGAAAUGUCUCUUGCUGAUGAAUUAGGAAGUACUGGUAGUGGACCAAGCUCAAUUUUAGUAUUAAAGUGUGGAUAUCUGUGGGAUACGGAUUCCCCAGAUUCAGAACGCCUUAUAACGGAUGCAGAUAGUGGACAUAGUACAGCACAUUCUCCAACAGGAACAGAUGGUUUUAAAUCUAUGUCACCAAUUAUGGGAGUCUCUCCUUCUUGUGUUGAAGGAGGUGUAGUAUAUAACGAUGUUGAAGUAUUAGAAGCUACACAUCGUGGAUUACACAAAUUUGUCCCCAGACAUGAUGAUGAAAUCGAUGUAGAAAUUGGAGAUCCUAUAUAUGUACAAAAAGAGGCUGACGAUCUUUGGUGUGAAGGGGUGAAUCUUCGGACCGGAAGAAUGGGAAUAUUUCCAUCUGCUUAUGCUGUUGACUGUGAUUAUACUGAUUGGGAUUCCUCAUGUGAACAUGGUCGAAGAGAACGUUAUUUAUUAGGUUAUUUGGGAUCUGUAGAAACGUUAGCACAUAAAGGAACGUCUGUUGUUUGUCAAGCAGUAAGAAGAGUUAUCGGUAGUUCUGGUAACGAUCCCGAAUCUCAACCUUGUAUUCUUGAAGUUUCCGACCAGGGCCUGAGAAUGGUAGAUCGAAGAAAACGAAACCAAAAUGAACCAUGCAUAGAUUAUUUCUACUCCCUGAAAAAUGUAUCAUUUUGUGCUUUUCAUCCUCGAGAUCAUCGCUAUUUAGGAUUCAUAACCAAACAUCCAACUCUUCAACGAUUUGCAUGUCAUGUUUUCCGUGGGACGGAUUCAACUAGACCUGUGGCUGAGGCAGUGGGUCGUGCCUUUCAAAGGUUCUAUCAGAAAUUUAUUGAAACUGCUUAUCCUGUUGAAGACAUCUACAUUGAGUAAUUUGUGUAGUGCAAUAAUAAUGUAAAUAAUAUCUAUUGCAUUGAAGCUGUCAACAAUAAAAUACAAAAUUUUA